AUGACUUCCGAAAUGCGCAGGGAGGCUUCAAACUCGUCCAGAGAUAUCGAACGCUUAGGUAAAGCCAUGAGAAAGGGAACCCGGAGUUGUUACGAAUGUCGCAGAAGAAAGGUUCGAUGCAUUUUUGGCGGCCGCGACUCCACAACUUGCGACGGUUGCGCCUCCAAAGGAAAGGCUUGUAUCGAGCAAAGGCGUGAACUGCUUGGAAAGUCUGGCCCCGAGAGCAAAGAUAGUCUUCGAGAACGAAUUGCUAAGCUGGAAGCUAUCAUUGAAGCAUCACGCAGUGACAAUAAUAGCUCAAUUGAUGGUGCCGUUUCUGAUUCCCGGUUAAACGACGAUGCAGAGCGACCCUACCUCGGCAACCAUUCACCGCAAAGCAUCGAUCCUAUUGUAACACUCUUUGAUAACGCUAUUUGGAGACGUCGAAGUACCGAUCUGACCCAAGAGCGCUCCAAAGACAUCGAGGCAAAUCCAGCGGCAGCCAAGCGUACACGCAUUCGUGACUCGCUUCUAAGUAGUCUUAUAUCGUCCGAAAUUCUUGGAAUGAUAUUGAAUGCAACAUGUUCCUGGUGGCAUACAUGGAGAGCUGGACCAAGAUUGUUCACAUCAGUCGACGACUUGCACACUUCAACACUGCAAGACUUUGUGCUGUGGGCGUUAGAAUCCUCUGACCCCUCAAUCGUCGGACUUGCCAUGCUUUGCAUUGCCAUAUGCCUUCAGCAUCUAGACUCGAGAGUGCACCAGUUCAUCAUCCGCAAACUUCCUCGUUUGCCGGGAGAAAUUUUCCAGGACUACUUUGAAAGCGUGGACCGUCUAGUCCUAAAUGAUCCGGACUGUGCCAGUACAGGGGCUGGUAUUGAGGCAACUAUACUCUCGGCUACGAUUCACAUGAACCUUGGAAUGCAUCGAAACUGCUGGAUGCUCGUCCAUCGAGCCAUUGCUUAUAGCCACCUACUUGGUUUCCAUCGUCCAGAACGACUCACGCCAAGUGAGACUGAGGCGGAAAGAAAUUGUCGUACUCAAGGGUGGCUUUCAGUAUGCUCUAGAGACGUGUACAUGUCUUUGCUCCUUGGCCUACCCUACGCCGCUGAUGGACGUACGAUUCCAUUUGUUGAGAGCCAGCAUAACGCAAGGUCUUUGCUACAUCACAAGUUAAUCAUAUUAUCCGUAAAGGUUAUUGAUCGAAAUCAAAUGGGCCUUGGACUUUCAGUUUCACACACGGAUGCAAUUCAAAAAGAGAUUGAGGCAGCUACAAAAGACCUUGAUGAUACGUUUUGGAACGCGCCAGCUGCUUUAGCUUGCGGGAAAAUCACACAGCCAGAAUAUCUUGAAAGUAUCUCAGCACAGUGUUGGCUUCAUCAGUUGCUAGCUCUGCUCCACAUGCCACUCAUGAUUCAUUCGGUCGAAGAUAAACUACUGGAAAAACAUCGAAUUUUUUGCCUUGAAGCCUGUCGGAAUUUACUGAGAGUUCAUCACAUUAUGCGCUCCGAUGCAUCUGCAGCUUUCAGUAUGGUCAAAUUGAUUGACUAUCAAGCUUUCAUAUGCUCUACUUUAUUGAUUCUGGGGUUAUUAGGUUACGGCGAUGCUACACAUCAACUCACAAAUCGGGACAAAGAUCGAGACCUAAUAGGGUUAACAGUUGCUACUCUUCGACAAGCUUCUGGUACGGUGAACAAUCCGAUUGCAUCACAGGCAGUGCAAGGCCUAGAGACUUUAUUAUCUCUAGACAGUAAUAGUUGUGCAACUGGAAGCGCAUGUGUUGAUCCUCACGCGAGAAUAGUGGUUCCUCACAUUGGGACAAUUACCAUAACGCCUGGUAAACAUAUCACCGAGACUAGAAGCCAAUGCUUGCAACCUGCUCCCCGACCGCCCCCAGAAUUUUCUCUCACACACAAUAUGUAUGAUGGAUCCUUUGGCCAGGUCAAUCAACCUCCAAUCAUGGCAUCAAGCAAUGAUCUAGGCUUCUUGUCAAGCCCACGCGUGGACGAACCUUCUAUUGACAUUGAUUGGACAAGUGCUACCAUGCCUAAUUUUGAAAAUGACUGGGCAUGGCUCAACGACUUGAACUUCUAG